AGAAGCAGAUCUUAUCAGUGAAUACCAAGGGGCAGGAGACUUCCCGGCAGUUUAUCAUUGACAGUAGUUUCUUUCUGGUACAACACACGCUCGGAGAAGAACGAAAAUCUGUGACAUGGACAAUUCCAAGGCUGAUCUGGCUUCAAGGACUCUUCAAAAUGAACUAUCAGGUGUCUUCAAAUCUACAGUUUUUCGAAUCCCGUCUCUUCUCUACGAAAGAGAAAGUAAAACCCUUCUAGCCUUUGCAGAGGAGAGAAAGACUGCCAGUGAUGCCAGCGCAGAGAAACUGGUUAUGAGGCGAGGAAUGCUGAAGGACUGUGACGGGAAGAAGAAUGUUGAGUGGACACCUUCUAAACCAGUGAACGAGGCAAAAAUAGAUGGAUGCCGUCCCAUGAAUCCCUGUCCAGUGUAUGACAAAAACAGCAAGACACUCUUCCUGUUUUUCGUCUGUAUCGAAGGCACUUUCACUGAUCAUGAUCAGAAAGACGAUGCCCUUCACAGCACCCGUCUCUGCUUCGUCACCAGUGACGACCUGGGAGAAACCUGGAGCAGCCUGACUAACCUGACUGACACACUGCCUGAAAUUAAACAAUGGGCUGCUUUUGCUGUUGGGCCUGGUCAUGGUCUUCAAACAGAAAAGGGUAGAUUAAUUGUCCCACUUUAUGCUAGUAAUUUAACUUCUAGCUCACACUCCUGUUUCAAACCAGCAUCUGGGCAGGCUGCACAUGCACGCUGUCUGUACAGCGAUGAUGGUAAACAAUGGAAGCUUGGCACAGGGUUUGAGACACCAUCAGGUGAAUGUGAAAUGGCAGAGUUUUUCGAUGGUGGUCAGAGUGUCAUCUACUGCAAUGCCCGUAAUAAGGGCCCCUACCGAGUGGAGGCCUUGAGUGCUGAUAAUGGAGAGAGUUUUGAAAUACUUUCAGGUGGGACACUGGUGGAAACAUACCACGGUUGUCAGGGGAGUGUGGUUGCCUUUCCGGCCCAAACUAAAGAGUCACACUCAGAGGGUCAUUCUGAGCAGAAGCAAAACCAGUGGCUGCUCUUCAGCCACCCAACCAACAAAACCAAAAGGAGAGACUUAGGAGUCUAUCUGAACAAAAGUCCUCGAGACCCAACGGCAUGGAGCAAACCCUUGAUCAUAAACAAAGGGCCGAGCGGCUACUCAGACCUGGCUUAUGUUGAGGAUGGUUGGUUUGUGUGUCUGGUGGAGUGUGGGAAGGUCAGCGAAGUUGAGCAGAUCGGCUGUAAGGUCUUUCACUACAGUCAGAUUAACAAACACAGUGACACAGUGGUGAAGAGUCGCUUUCACAGGACCAUUAAACAAUGGAGAGCUAAGUGCUUAAAAGCUGAAUGAACAGCCGGGACUGACAAAUAUUCGGUUA